AUCUCCCUGACUGAGGAAAUCCAAACAGGAUUCUGUUAUAAAACAUCAGGAUAAAGAAAUAGAUGUCUGCUGUAAAUAAUGUAUAGAGGAGUGUUACAGAAAUCUGUCAGAGUGUCUGGUGUUAUUCAUGGUUAUCACAUUUCACGUGUGUCAACAGACCGGGUCUGGAUCACUGAUCAUGACAAUCUUAUACUGACAAACACCAAAGGGGAAGAACUAAAUCAUGUUACAGGUAUAGGUAGUUUUGCGGGAGGACACAGUGUGAAUUCUAACGGUGAUUUAAUUUAUAUAGACAGUCGAUAUAACAUCAUUAAACUGUCUAUAGAGAACAAAGUCAAGACUACGAUAAUAAAGUACAACAACACGUCACCAUGGAGACAAGAGAGUGUCUACAGCUCCCCCUCCACUGGAGACCUGCUGGUCGGGAUGUAUAGGUAUAGAGACUGAUACAUGGCCAUUUACAGGCCAGGUAGUGCGGUAUAACUCCACAGGAGAAAACAUCCAGACCAUAGAGCACGACAACAUCACAGGUCAAGGACUGUAUGGUGAACCUAGAUACAUCACAGAGAACCGUAAUGGAGAUGUUAUUGUGUCUGACUGGGGCCGUGUAGUGGUGACAGAUCGUGACGGUAAUUACCGAUUCUCCUACACAGGUCCUCAAUCAGGAUCAGUACUAGCACCACUAGGAAUCUGUACUGACGCGCUGUCACACAUCCUGGUGUGUGAUAAUCACACCAAGACAGUACAGAUGUUAGAUAGUGAUGGUCACUAUCUGACAAAGAUACAGACACGACAACACGGGAUAUACAAACCAUGGGGCCUGAGUUAUGAUGAUGUCACUCACCUACUGUGGGUAGGGGCAUACGAAAACAACACAGUCAACAUAUACAGAGUUGUAGAUACAGACUCUCUGACUGGACUCCCUCUGGAAGACGUCAAAUGUAGAAAACAUCCCAAAAUUCCCCUGGACCAGUUCUGUACCCCGUGUGGUGUUCCCUUGUGUGUGGAGUGUACCAACUCUGAGGAUCACAGCAGACAUCAACUUACAGAUAUAGAGACAUUGUUUGACAACAUUCACAGGAUAGAGGUUGGAGAUACACUAUUGAUGAGCCUUCUUCUUUCCGAUUCCUACAAAAUAAACAUGAAAGAAGGAAGCUGGAUGACCAAAUAUAAUGCUGUUGCCCAAAGUUUUCACUCAAAGAAAAUCACAAAGCCAUUUGUUCUUACAGAUUUUGAAAAUUACAGACCAAUUCUGAAACUCAAUGAAUCAGAGAUAAGUUUUUCCACUGAGCUCUUCAAGUACAUUACUUUCCUGAAAAUUUCAAAGCGUUUUGGAUUGAACUUUACUGAUAUUUUCUUGACUUGUGCAGAAAAAGAAAAUAUUUCUGAGUUCUGUAGAUCAUGGAAUUAUCGGAGAGGAGAGAAUGAAGUUUGCUGUUGGUUGCUGCCAGAAAAAAAUGAGGAGUUUUUAAAAAGACUUGGAGAAGAUAUUUUCACACACCCAACAAUGGAGGACCAUUCAUUCCAUGUAGCCGUAUUUAGAAAAUUUGGAAUACCAAUGCAGAUUAUCCUAAGGGGAGACAAAUCAGUGACGAAUUUCAUUGAAAAUUUAAAGAAAGGGAAGAAAACCAUGUACCAUGCCUCUGGGAUGAUAAUAGGGUGUGCUGGUAGUGGAAAAACCACAUUGUUAGAGAGACUGAAGGGCAUUGACCUUGAAGAAAUAAAGAAAAACAUAAGGUCAACUAGAGGAAUCGAUAUCCACUCAGAUGUCUUUGAUGUGACAGAAAGCAUCCAAGCAAAUACUUCAAGCCAAAAGCAACACUUUAAACUCAGACUUGAUAAAAGAGAUAUGAAGCAGAGUGUUCCUAAUUACCAUUCAGAAAAUGAAGCUGAUGAUGAGAAAAUACAGGAAAAGAUGGAACCAGAAGAUGUUGAGGGCAGUAUGACUGAAGCAUCAAACAGUGGACAGAUAUCACAUGAUGAUACCAACAUUAAAACUACUUCAUCCCAUGAACCACAGGGGGCCACAUCACCAGAAAAUGUAGCAGAUGUUAUGAAGGAAAGAAAAGAUAUUCGUCAUAGUCCAGAAAUUUCUGGAAAUUUACAGAUAGGUGCAGAAGAUAUUUCAGAAGAUCCAGAUAAAAAAAUAACCAUGACUGACUUUGCAGGACAGUGUUCAUAUUAUGCCUCACACCAGAUUUUUCUGAGUCCUCGGGCGUUCUUCAUUCUUGUGCUGAAUAUGGAGAAGAAGUUCGAUGAUAAGGUUGGUGAAGAAGUGUGUUGUCAGGAAGGCUCCAUUUACGGGGGAUGGACACACAGAGAUUAUCUUGAGUUCUGGAUGAAGUCCAUCCACCAAUAUGGCGGUGAUAAAGCUCCUGUCAUCCUGGUUGGUACACAUUGUGAGAACAAAACAGAAAAGGAAAAAGAACUGUUUUUCCGAGAAGUAUGGAAGACUCUUGACAUGAAGAAGAAGUCUUUACAAAAACAUAUUGAUGUGAAACGGCGAUUUGCGGUCGGAUUCCAUGACAAUGAAAGCAUUGAAAAACUUAAGCUAUCCAUUGCUGAUGUUGUGUGCAAGCUCGAUCACUGGGGUGAGGAGCUUCCACAGUCAUGGGCUAUGUUUGAAACAUUCUUUCUGGAAAAGAAAAUUCGCAAGAUUUUGAGUACGGUUGAACUUCAGUCUUUUAAUGAAACAUUGCCUGAGGGAAUAAAGCUCCAAACUACUGAAGAUAUGGAUGCCAUGCUGCAGUUCUUCCAUGACAUUAGAGAACUUAUGCACUUCAAUCAACAAUUCCUCAAUAAAGUUAUUAUCCUCGAUGUUCAGUGGUUUGCAGAUGCCUUUAGAAAUGUCAUAACAGAUAAAAACCAUGCAAAAGAAGAUUUAUUUGAAUAUGCCUCAGAAUGGGACAAAUUCAAUGAAACUGGAGAGUUAGAUGAAGCACUAUUAUGUGCCAUAUGGAGAAUGAACAACAAUGGUUACCUUGAGCACAAAGAGGAUAUCAUGAUGUACAUGGAGAAGUUAGGACUCUUAGCUAAAAUGAGCGACAAAACAUGGUAUGUCCCAUGUAUGAACCAGAUGCAAUUUCCAGUAGACUGCUUCUCGUCAUACCCUGCCUCCUCCAUCCUUUGUUACACAUUUGAUGUUCUUCCUGUAGAAAUUUUCCAUCGCCUUGUAGCAACUUGCAUGCAGAUUCCUUGGGAGAUUUUUACAGAUGAAGACAGAAAUUGCAUUUACCAGACAGCAGCUAUUUUUGUAUAUGAACAGCAUUAUAACAUCAUGCUUGGAAUGACACAAACAGAAAUUCAGCUGCAAGUGUUUGUUGUGGAGGGAGAAGUUGAUGUUUCAAAAUGUCAACAGAUUAGAGAAAACAUUGAGCGUAUAUUAGAUAAUCUUUCCAAUACAUUCCAGAAAAACUCAGAAUUUCAGGUUGGGUUUAAAUGCAAGCCUUCUGGGUUUUGUAACAGGAAAGAAAGUGCUGUCAUAAAAGAAUCAAUGUUUGCAAGAGCAGGUUUUCAAUGUCCUUCCUGUCCAGCAAACAAGAAGCAUACUAUCAACACAAAAGACAUCACAAAAUAUUGGAAACAGGACGCACAGUCUGAACGUGGAACCAAUGAAGACACUGGAACAAAUCCCUCUGUUGAACUGGUUCUUAAUGCAGUUUCAAGAAAAAUCCGAGGCAUAGGAAUCAGUCUAUUGGAGGGUCUAUUUGAAGUCAAUGUUGAUGUAUCCCCCACACUCAGUUUUGAGGAGAAGGUAUUCAGAAUCUUGUACCAAUGGAAAUCCAAGAAUGCACACAUUGAUCACUUGCGAGAAUUAGAGAGCAUUCUACAGAGAGAAGGUCAAGGACUAGCUGCGGAAUACAUUAAAACAUUUAAUACCACAGACUAUACUUGUAGUGGCGUGAUUAGCCCUGAUCAGAAUGUUUCAACAACGGAAUUCAAAACAUUGUCUGAAUAUCUCUCAAAAGACUACACUUAUUUUGUCCGCUUUUUGGGGCUUGCUCAAAGAUAUAUCGAACAAAUGGAAGCAGAUGGUUUGAAGAUACAGGAUAAAAUAUAUAUAUCACUUACAAAGAUACAGGAGGAAUGUCGUUACAUGUUAAACCGACAGAUGAUUUGCAAUGCAUUGACAUUUAUAGACAGAAAUGAUGUGAUCAGUGAAUUACGAUGGACAUCACGCAAACGAAAACGGGAUGACUAAUCGGGAAAGGAAAAGUAUAUUUUGGUUUCUUUAAGCUGUGUUCAUGUUUAUUACAGUUUUAAUAUGUUUUACAGUGUGGCCAUUUGGGCGAGCGCAGUUGUGACCAUCAAAAACAUUGAAAACUUGAAAAGCUACUUCAAACAUCAAGUGGCACGAGACAUCUCAGCUAGCUGUGACGUCAUGCAACAUCACGGAGCUCCUCGGAGCUUACGGAGACAGUCGAGCGUUUGGUUGAAACUACAGAUCUAGUGGAUUUUGGUUGGAAAACAUUGCAGAGUUAUUUAUUGUCUCUUUGAAAUAUUUCUACAAACUGUCUCAGAUAUGAUUUUUAAUGAAUUUGAGGAAAAAUCUUAACUUGCUGAAAAAUGAGAAAAUCUUUUAGUUCACCACUCACUUGAUGUGCAAAUUGCUUGCUGAACAUCCGUUCACCUCCUGAAAGGUUUUAAUGCUUUACGUUAUUAUUUAUUUAUUUAUUCGCGCAAAGGACAUUGGGUAGUAAAGGAAUUCUGGGAAUUUUUAACAACAAAAUUUGCUUGACGUAUAUACAAUUCCAAACAUCCUCUGUUCUUACACGUUAGUCUCGAGCUCGCUUCGUGAGCGUCGCGAAGCAACGCUCGCUGAGUUUGCUAUUAUUAAAAAUUGAAUUGUCAAGAAUAUUUUUAUGAAUGACCUUGUAUAUUGACAUUCUACUAUUUAUUUCAUCAAUGAAGAGUGCCCAUAAUUGGGAGAGGCUUCAGUCUUACUGUUAUCUGGAGUAUCAUUUUAUUUCUUGUGCGGUUAUGAUUCUAGUAUGUAUUUUAUAUGAUUUUUGUUGUAUUGUGACUUGUGCUUGAUGCAUGAAAGGUGAAAGCGUGGAAUUAUAGAUUGCAUGACCUUUAGUAUAUGCAUACGUUGCUGCAAGUUUAAUUGUAAUUGUUACGAUCUGAUCGUUGAAAACGCAUUUAUCAUCAUAAAUGUGAAAAAAACGAUAAUUAGGGUGAUUGGCAAGGCAUGGUUUUCCGGAAAGAAGGUUUGAUACUUCAGCUUUUUCUCAAGUGUAAAGUAGUGAUUGACAGUGAACUCUCAUGUGGAAUUCUCAACGCUAUCAAGCGAAUAAAACAUAUUUUAAAUGGAUAAUCAAACUCCUUCAAAGGGUAGAUUCACCAAUACAGAAAGAAAAUAGAUGCAGAAAUGGAUUAAAGUUUGUUUUAAAUUGUAUUCAAUGGACAGAAAAUACAAAAUUUUCUUUAUAAAGUAUGGGUUUGAUAAGUAAUAUUGAUUACUUUGAGUGUCAAAGACCUCUUAUAAUAAAUCAAGAAAAACUUUGAGAUAAAUCAUACGGGAACCAGUUCUUAUUAUUUAUCCCAUAGAACUCUAUAUAAACCUUUUGCCCGCUGAAUACUUUACAACUUCAAUUUCAACUUCAUGCAAGCCUGAACAAGUAUUGCUUUUACAGGUCAAAAUUGCUGUUGUUUAAAACUGAAGCGAUGGGCAGUAAAUGGCACUCUGCAUAAAAUGUUAACCAAAAUUCUUCCCAAACCAAAUAUCAUUUAAUAUUUCUAUAUUUUCUUUAAUGUUAGCUCAUCCCUUCAAUUCUUUAACAGAUAAGCAUUAUAACUUUAAAAUGAAAAUAUUUGAUGAAAGAGUAUACCUAAAUUCAUCAAAUCUGCAAACACUGUCGUAAAUAUAGUGUUUAAAUAAUGGACUAAGGGAAGGAUAUGGAGAUAAUGAACAGUAUUCAAUCUAAAAGUUCAUGCAACAAUACAAAAUAAGAGAGAGCAAACACGGACCCCCGAAACAUCAGUGGUGGGGCCAAGUGCCAUGGCGGAGUGAGCAUCCCCUGCCGACCAGUCGCGCUAGCCGUUUGCUCCUUGUCAUGAACAGGAAAUAACGGAAAAACUCCGUCGCCAACUUAGUGUAUAAAUAAUGGACAAACAAUUAGUAUGAAAAACGUCAGUCAUGAUUUGACUCAAUGAUAAAUUGUAUUUGCUGACAAGGGUAUUGUAUUGACCAUAGAAUUUACGAAAUGAUGACUUUAAACGAGACUGCUGAUAUUCUUGUUUCAUCAACUUGCUUGUCAAUAAUUUACCUCGUUUUAGAAAUUGUUCAUACGCAGAUCAUGCUCUUGCGUAUCAAAUCAACUGAGACAUACUCCGUAUGUAGUUGAUGAAGGUAUGUCGCUGUAUAAGUAAGAGAUAACUAAGUAUGAAGCAGAAGUGUCGGACUCUAUGGUAUCUUUUAUAUCAUGCUCACGUUUCGAAGAAGGGAUGGAAAUUACCAUACAAUAAGUAUGAAAAACGUCAGUUCCUUCUUGCUCUGCUCCUAUCAUGUAUUGUUUUCUGGACCUUUGAUAUUGAAUACUUUUCGUUAUCUCCAUAUGUUUCAUUUAAAUGUAUAUCAUGAAAUACUUAUUUUAAAAAAAUGCUUUCUUUGUUAGUAAGGGGAUUAAUGUCGAAGCUAUUGCAGAAAAAAAUACACAAGUAAUUUUUUUACAGUAAUUGCUGCGACGUUAAUUUCCAUACAAACAAACAAAGAAAAUAUUCUAUUGUUUUUAUUUAUAUCUGUUUUAAAAAUUAUUCAAAGUUAAAUUAAUUUUUUUAUCUAUUGUUUUUAAGAUGAAUAUGUCAUUGUAUAUAGAAAUGUUGGAACAGUCAUUGUUCAAGUAAACUACACAGGCGGCUUACUCAGUGUUGUACGAAUUGUUAUUUUUCAGUCAUGAUUAUCUUUACUGACAUUGCAAUGUAAUUAUUGUUAAUUUCUCUAUCUUUAUAAUAAUCAGUUUUAAGUGUUUUAUUUGUAAAUGUUAGAAUGUACAUCUGUAAAUCACCAGAGUGGAACCCUCAAAUUCUGUUUAAA